AUGAAUAACGAUGACAUACUCAUAAACGGACCUGAUAAAUCUUCUCAUAAAACACAAAUAAUGGAAAAACUUGAAAAAUACAACCCAUCAUUAGUAUUAGAAAAUAAAGCAAGUGUUGCGAGAGAUCAUUUAGGUGAAUUUACUAUAAUUGUUAUUCAUUCAAUCACACAAUCUAUAUUAACAGGAGGAGGACUCGAUUCAAAUAAUGAUGAUGAGGCUAGGAAUAGCUUUUAUAGGUUUUGGAAUUAUUUUUCUUGGAUUGGGUCUCUUUAG